UCCGACUAAAUGUUCCGUUCCACAAUAAAUAAGUUUCUCCAAAAAUCAGAUUUCUGGGGAUUUUGGGUUGCUGUAAAUAAAUACGGAGUAAUGUAAUCUAUGCAUCCUGUCCCGGCGCUAAGACCAAGACAGCAUAGAAUGACCUUUAUGUUCCUUCCACUUUAUUUGCCCUUUUUCAUUCUCCACUUUCCAGUUUCCAACUUCUUUCCUUUCAUUUUCACUUUGAAACUCUUUAACAAAAAAAGUACCAAUAAAUUACCCAUUUCAUUGUGUUUUGCUUGUGCAUAAAUCUGUCGCCAACAGAGAGAAAAUGGAUAAAAUGAUAGAGAAAGCAAAAGAAGAAUUACAGAUGCUUGAAACCCUUCAUCCUCAUCGCUUUGAUUACCUUAAAACUGAGCUUAAAUCCUUCAUUUCUCUCCUCCAAUCCCAAAUUCUCCCUGAAUAUUUGCCUACUACUUCAUCUGCCACCACCCAAGCAUCAACAAGCAUGAAGAGGAAAAGGGAAAGUGAUGGUAAGAGAGUAGUGAAAAGGAAGAGAGACAGGGUUGAUGUGGUUCUUGAGAAGGCUCAAGCUUGUUUGCUUAAGAUUCAGGAGUUUAAAUUUAGUUCUAUUUGCUGAUUAAAUACUAAUUUAUUAAAGUGCUUAAGCUUAAUUUGUUACAUUUUGUAUAGGGUCUUUGUGACUAGUUUGUGUAUGCUACAAUUUGUUCUUUGUUGGGUUAUCUCUUAUCUGAGUGGUCA